AUGUUUAAAUCUAUAUCAAUUUUGAAAUCCAUAAAACCAACAAAUUCAAGAAUUCCCCAUAUUUUGUCAAUUCCUUUAAUUCGCAACAUGUCAAUUCCAUCUACACAAUACGGAUUUGUUUAUACUAAACAAUCAGGACUCAAUUUACAAUCCGAUUUGCCCGUCCACAAGCCAAAAGCAGGUCAAUUGUUGUUGAAAAUUGAUGCUGUUGGAUUAUGUCAUUCUGAUUUACAUGUCAUUUACGAAGGAUUGGAUUGUGGAGAUAAUUAUGUGAUGGGCCAUGAAAUUGCUGGAACUGUAGCUGCUGUUGGUGAUGAUGUGAAUAGUUACAAAGUUGGUGAUCGUGUUGCUUGUGUGGGGCCCAAUGGUUGUGGUGGAUGUAAAUAUUGUCGUGGAUCAAUUGAUAAUGUAUGUAAACGGGCAUUUGGUGAUUGGUUUGGAUUGGGUUAUGAUGGUGGAUAUCAACAAUAUUUGUUGGUUACUAGACCUCGUAAUUUGGCUCUUAUUCCUGAUAAUGUUUCAUCUGAUGUUGCUGCUGCUUCAACCGAUGCUGUAUUGACACCAUAUCAUGCAAUCAAGAUGGCGAAAGUAUCACCAACAUCAAAUCUUUUACUUAUUGGAGCUGGUGGAUUGGGUGGUAAUGCAAUACAAGUUGCUAAAUCAUUUGGUGCUAAAGUUACGGUAUUGGAUAAAAAGAAGGAGGCUCGUGACCAAGCUAAGAAAUUGGGAGCUGAUGAAGUUUAUGAAUCGUUACCAGGAUCGAUUUCCCCAGGGUCAUUUUCAGCAUGUUUUGAUUUCGUUUCAGUGCAAGCUACAUUUGAUUUAUGUCAAAAAUAUGUUGAACCUAAAGGUGUGAUUGUUCCCGUGGGCUUGGGUGCACCUAAAUUAUCUUUUGAUUUGGGGGACUUGGCAUUGAGAGAAAUUCAGGUGUUGGGUAGUUUUUGGGGUACUACUAAUGAUUUGGAUGAAGUUUUGCAGUUGGUUAGUGAGGGAAAAGUCAAACCGGUUGUGCAAAGUGCUAAAUUGAAGGAGUUGCCUGAAUAUAUUGAAAAGUUGAGAAAGAAUGCUUAUGAAGGAAGAGUUGUUUUUAAUCCAUAG